UAUUCUCUAUGUUAUCAACACUGUGUUAUGGCGUUAUGGCACCGGGAACAGAUAUUGAUCGAAUGUUACAUUUUCAUAACAUUUUUCUAAUAACUUUAAAUUAUUUAUCCUGUUUGAAAGUGUUUUUACUUUGCAAAAUAUAUUUCUGCAGCUACACACAAAGUUUCUCGUCAAAGUUUUUUACAGAUAUUCAACAGAUAAAUGAAUACUUCAAAAGACUCGUUGGAUGAUGAUCAAGAUCCAGAAUAUGAAUCUUCCGUCCCGAAUGAUGAAACAAAACAAAAAGCUUUUGAGGAAAGUGCUCGCGCAACAACAGCAAAGAAAAUAGUUGACAUCGUUGAAAAAGAAUUUACCAAAGAAAUUGAUCAAAAAGAAAAGGAAGUACUUCAAAUACAAAAUCGUCUCGAUGAAGCGCUGAGGAUUUUACAUCUCUUACGUUAUGCAGUUGUUACAGAUUUUUAUAAUCGCAAACAAUGUCAAGCAUCGCACAUUAAUGACACAAAACAAACACGAAUUCAUCCAGCGGUGAAAAAACUCUUGGGCAAAUCACCACGCGUGUUGAAAAAAAGUCAAUUUAUCGAUGUGGCAAUACCCUCAACAUCGACAGAUCCACGUUUUCUAAUUCCAGAUGCAAUUCCUUCUACAUCGAAAAGUACACCCGAAAAAAGUAUUGAGAACUUAAAUUCGGAAAAUAGUUCUAAAGAAGAGAAUGUCAAACGUUCACAUUCUGAAUCAAGCGAAAAUGAACCACCGAAAAAGAUUCCUCGCUAUGUUCCACCUAAAAAUGCAAUUCCAGAAGCACCCGGUCCAUCCAGAGGUCAUAGGAAUAAAAUUCGAAAACGAAUUAUCGUGGGGAAUAUUUCUAAAUGGAUCCCACCUGAAUGGAGAGAAGAUAAAACUAGUCACAAAUGGACUGUGUACGUCAGGGGCAGCAAGGAAGAAGCGGAUAUCGGAGGUUACGUUGCCAAAGUUCGUUUCCUACUGGAUCCGAGCUAUCGACCCAAUGACGUCGUGGAAAUCACAUCCUCGCCGUUUCACUUAUCAAGACGUGGCUGGGGUGAAUUUCCAUUGCGAGUCCAAUUGCAUUUUAAAAACACUCUAAAUAAACCAAUCGACAUUAUUCAUCCCCUGAAACUAGAUCGAACAUUCACUGGUCUUCAAACUCUAGGUGCAGAAACAGUAGUUGACAUUUGGCUUCAAACUAGCGAACCACGUCUGGCGACAAACUCCAUCACCGACAAUACCGAAAAUUAUAAAUUAGAUUUAAACAUUAACGGCUCGACGAGAAAAGAAAUUACAUUAGAAAAAUCCGACCAAGAAUCAAAUUUAACAAUAACACAUGAAUCUCCAAAAGACGAAAGUUCACAAUUAAAAUUAAUCUCUCUCAUUGAUCAUGACUAUUGUAAAUUAUCAUCAAAAUCUCUUUCAAUAGAGAGUAACAAAACAGUCGUGCAUUUAAGAAAUGGAUCAUUGGAUUCUGACGCGAGAAUUUCUCUCAAUGGUUUGCAAACAAAUUCAAUUUUAAAUACCAAUAGUGUAGAAAAAUUAGCAAAUACUUUAAAAGAUACACCAGGUAAAAUGCAACCAUUACAAAUUUCAAUUCCUGAUGCUUUUGAAUCGACAAAUAAAAAUCAAGUUCUAGUUCUCAAGAACAAAGAUUUUGUACCUGUUAAAUUUGAUCCAAAAUCGAAAGUUUUAAUUGACCCCAUAAGUAUUCAAAAGAAAGUGAACAACUUUAAUAAUAAAGAUGGGGAGGUGUGUAAAAUCAGUGAAAAGCCGAAAGUAAUCAAAAUAAAUCCGGUGAACAGUAUUUUAUUGACUGCCAACUAUAGUGAACCAGCUUUAAGAAUUGUUGACCCAAUAGCCUAUAAUAAUGUCAACGAAAAUAAGAUUGUAAGGAGCUUUGAUCUUCGAGUAGGUUCAAAUUCAUCCAAAUCGGAUGUUAAAUUGCAAAAUAAUGCCAAAACUACGAAGCCGAAAAUUGUUUUGGGAAAAAUUAAAAUGAACAAGGAAAUCCAUGAUGAAAUUAUGAGGUCAAUUGAUGACGUGCGGUUAACAGAUACUUUAAGUAUAGUUCAAUUUAUAAUUCAUCGGCUACCUCUUAUAACUGAAAAAGUAUCUGAUCCAGAAUACAGAAAAUUGUAUCCGUUUUCUUGUAGAAGCGUAGAAGAGUUCCUCAGUUACAAUAUUGGAAAACAACGAGCUUUUGAGUGGCAAAGAGCAAGAGCGGUGAGAACGUUUUUAAAACGAAAAGUGACUGCAGAAGAAAUGUGGAGUGUUAAGGAAAUAAUUAUGUGGGCAAGAAGACAUGCUUACACUCCAAUGUCUUCUAUUUUCAAUUUUGAAAAUGCUUCAAUUGAUAGAAUGAAGAAAUCUUUCAACUCGGAUUCAAAUAUUUUCUCUACCUAUACAAAACCAGUUGAUCUUCAUAAAUGGCUUUCAGAGACUAGUAAAAACAAUGAAGAGAACAAUUGCGAAGAGUCAGACGAAGAAAUUGACAUUCUUUUUGAAAGUAAACCAAGUGAUGUUUUUAAAAUUGAAAACGAUGAAACAUUGUCGGACGCGGAUGUUUUGGAAAUGCCUGUCGAGUCCGAGUCUCUUUUUAUUUACGUUAACGAAACUGCCCGAAACAUUGGAAUUAAAUUAACAGACGAGGAAAUUAUUCCAGGAGUUCGACAUUGUUCGGGAAGUCAUGUGAUUAUGCGGGCAGUGGAAUGUUUUGUUGAUAAUAUUCUUCGAUUAUCCCACGCAACAGCGUUAGAAAAGUUAGAAGAUAAAAAUAGUUACGUGGAGACAUUGAAUUUGGAAGACGUGAAAGAAGCGCUUUUAAAACGAGAAGAGUUUGACCUGUUUACAAAUGCGGGCUUAGGAAAUAUGUCGAUUGAAGAAGAAUGAAUAAAACUCAAAAAUAUUUAUUCGCGAUAAAAAUCGACAAAAUUAUCCACAAUAAAAGAGAUAGUUUAUUAGCAAAAAAACAACCCCGUGUCAAUGAAUAGUACAUUUUAAUCUCUAAACAAUGUAUUUUGUUUUAAAAUGUGAAUACUGUAAUAGGUUUUAUUACUAUUUUUUUUUAAUAUUUUGAAAGAUCGUCGAGAGAAAAAGUGGAAAAUGAGACAAUUUAUUAAUUUAAUUCUAAAAGUUCGCUCUUCCAGAUCUUUUUUACAAUUAUUCGCUUUUAAUCAAUUUUGUAUAUAAAUUCGUAAUUGAAUAUAUUUUUUACUCUAGUAAAA